CUCCCUCACCCAAGCCAUGUCGAAGCUCUUUAUUGGAGGCCUAGCCUGGCACACGGAUGAUGCCACCCUGCGCCAAAAGUUCGAGGAGUUUGGCCAGGUCGAGGAGGCCGUCGUUGUGAAGGACCGCGACACUGGCCGAAGCCGUGGAUUCGGCUUCGUCCGGUACGCCCAGGAGAGCGAGGCCGACACCGCCAUGCAGAACAUGAACAACGUCGAGUUCGAUGGUCGCAUGAUCCGCGUUGACAAGGCUUCCGAUCGUGGUGCUGGUGGAGGUGGCCGUAGUGGCGGCGGCGGCGGCUACCAGUACAACAACCGUGGCGGCUAUGGAGGUGGAGGUCAAGGCGGAGGCUAUGGUCGAGGCGGCUACGGUGGCGGUGCCAGCUGGGGCCCCUCCAACGGCGGAUACCCACCCCAGGGCCAGAGCGGUGGAUACGGCGGCGGCUACGGACAACAAGGCCAGGGCCAGUGGUAGACUUCCAUCGCCUCCUCGACGACCGUCCACGAACUUGAACUUCAAACAAUGACGGCACGGUAACGAGAGCGAAGAGACAAGUCGAGAACGAGACGGGACAUUUUUCACAAUCUGCGCAUUCGGGCUUAGACUUGCGGCAUGUGCUGGUAUAGGGCUGGCGCAAGCGACUCGAUCGGCUGCUGCUACUGCGACUCUUUGAAUGCUUUCUACUCCUUCUUUUCCGUACAGGAUGGGCAGAAGAUUGCCGCAAACUGCUGGGUUUGGUUCUCGGACAGAUUGGUUGAUUGAUACCCAUCUUUGAAUCAGAGCAGCAUGGUCUGCCUCUUGGAGCACUUCUGUAUUUUCCAGCUCUCAGGCACUGCUAGACUUGUUUCUAACCAGUGACUGCUAACUUGCUGUCUCCCGAUUGACAGAUCUGCCGGUUCCAAGUCGCAUCAGAAACGUGCACAUGGG